AUGCUGUCGCAAAUCUUUGUUGCGAGUUUACUUACUAGUGGUCUGCUUGCCACAAAUGUGGGAAAUAGGGUCUACAAUAAACCAAAUGAUGUUCCGGUCCAGGAACUCAGUCGUUAUUCCGAGUAUGCAGCAGCCACUUAUUGCAAUGCCAACACUCCAGCUGGGGAACCAGUGGCCUGCGAAGCCAAUUGCGAUGAAGUCUUGAAGGAUGCAGGGACUAUAAUUCAAAGCUUCAAUACUGGUCAGGCACCAAACAGCGAUAUCGCUGGCUAUGUGGCCGUAGUCCCAUCUCGCAACGAGAUCAUCUUCGCCGCCCGAGGUACAGCGUCUAACCAGAACUGGGAAACCAACCUGAACUUUGCUCUUGUCAACAGCCUCCUAGUCCCUGGCGGCAAAUUCCAUCUAGGGUUUUAUAACGCUUGGAUCGAGCUCUCUCCGGAUGUCCGUGCUGCAAUAGAUAAGGCGCAGGCCCUCCAUCCGGAUUUUCGUCUCAACGUAGUUGGACACUCUCUAGGAGGGGCCAUUGCGGCAGUCGCGGCAGCUCAUCUCCGAGGUGACGGCUACGAGCUCGACCUUUACACCUACGGGCAGCCCCGCGUGGGAAACGACAUCAUCAGUGACUACAUCAGUCAAUCGCCCGGUAAGCUGUACCGCGUGACACACGAGGCCGAUCCUGUCCCUCGCCUCCCUCCUUGGCAACUGUUCGGGUACCGUCACACUUCUCCUGAGAUUUGGCUCGCCGGCAACCCAAGCGACCCAAAGAACUGGCCUGUUGAGGAUAUCAAGAUCUGUAAUGGUAAUUUGAACUUCCUCUGUAACACGAAUCCUUUCAUCAAAUAUGAUCCCGUUGAUCAUGGUGUAUAUUUUGGAAAGAUGAGCUGUUUCAAGAACGCCACCGUUGACGCCGUUAAUACUAUUCCGGAAGGGAUUUCAAAGUUCGUUGAUGAUGAGAGGACUUAG